AUGACAGGCCUCAUUGAAAUUAUGCAAAAACGCUUGAUGGACAGCAUCCGAGCCGUUCGUCCAGCAGGCAAAUGGAAAAUCAUUGUGGUCGAUUCAAAGAGUAUUCAAAUCCUGAAUGCAGCAUGCAAAAUGUAUGAUAUUUUGGAAGAAAAUGUAACGCUGGUUGAGAAUAUCGAAAAACCACGCCAGCCGUACCCAACAUUGGAAGCGCUUUAUUUCCUGACGCCUUGUCGGGAGUCCGUGUUGCGUCUGCUCGACGACUUUACGGCCCACAAACCACCUUUGUACAAGGCGGCUCACGUUUAUUUUACCAGUGGUUUGAAUGACAAUCUGUUUACGGAUCUGAAUCGCAGACUCAAAUCGACGGGCGCGGCUCAAUACUUUUUGAGUCUCAAGGAGAUGUAUGUCGACUUUUUAGUGUCCGAAUCUGCCGUAUUCACCGUCGAUCCAUCUACUGCUUUCUACUCUGUAUUCGGUGUAGACCAGCAUUGCGAUCCCAAUUUGAGUUUCGCUACCAUGGCAAAACAGCUUCUAUCCGUAUGUGUGACCCUGGGCGAAGAUCCCAUCAUCCGAUAUCAAGUAGCUGGCGAAGAUGAUCCUUCAGGGCGUCACCAGCGAACGCCUGCACGCACACUUGCCACCUUUGUUCAAAGGGAAAUUGAUGAGUUUUGUAAACUGAAUGAUAAAUUUCCGCCUCCCUCUCACCCGCCACGACCCCGUGCUACUUUGUUAAUCGUCGAUCGCUCAUUAGAUCCCAAUGCACCUCUGCUUCACGAAUUCACCUACCAAGCCAUGAUCAACGAUUUGUUGCCCGUAGAAACGAACGAGUCGGGAAAUGGUGUCGAAUUUACUUAUGAAUAUCAUCAAUCGGAUGGAUCUAUGGGGACAAAGAAAGUAUCGUUGGAUGAAGAUGAUAACGUCUACAAAUCCAUCCGCCAUCUUCACAUCGCCGACUGUACUGAUCGUCUGAUUGAAAAGUUUAACGAAUUUUUGGCCGAGAACAAACAAGCAACUCAGAGCGGACAACGCGAUCCCAACCUGCCCAAAGACACGGCCAAGAGUUUAAAAGAUAUGAAAGAAAUGCUGAGCAACCUUCCGCAGUUUCAGGAAAUGAAGGCCAAAUAUUCCGCGCACCUGAGCAUUGCACAAGAAUGCAUGUCGUUCUUUGAAAGACAUAAACUGAGCUCCGUGGCGAAUUUGGAGCAGAACAUGGCGACGGGUGAAACACCGGAUGGAGAAAUCCCCAAGACAGUGGUUCUUGAUAUGGUACCCCUGCUGGACGAUCCUCAUGUGAGUGCGGUGGAUAAGACGCGUUUACUGAUGUUGUACGUGAUAUCGAAAGAGGGAGGAUUAUUUGACGAUGACAAACGCAAAUUGAUGGAACACGCCCGUUUGCCCAACGAUCUUCGCGAUGCCCUUGACAAUCUUGGCUUAUUAGGAGUCAAAGUGACCCGCGAACGUCACAGUGGGGAAAAGUCGCUCAAAAAACGUAUGCCACGAAAGCGAGGAUCUCGAGAAGAAGAAACACCCUAUGAACUGUCUCGCUACGUUCCCACCCUGAAAAAAGUGAUGGAUGCCCAAUUGUGCAAUUCUUUGGACAGCACGCAAUUUGCAUACACGCGUCAAACCGACAUGGAAGGUGCAGGCGACGGUGGCCAUGCUGUGAAUAGUCCGGCGGCUGUCGCCAGCGGCGUGUCACUUCGUACAACGAAACGCACUUUUGAAAAACGAACGCCAACCUCCCCUAUUCAGGCACGAUCAUCGAAUGGAGCGAAAUUGAUUGUUUUUGUGAUUGGUGGGGUCACCUAUUCGGAAAUACGAUCGGUGUACGAGUUGGCGGAAAUGUAUAAACGCGAUGUGUAUAUUGGCAGUACGAAAAUUCUACGACCAGCGCCGUUUGUCAAAGAAAUGGGCCAACUGCGCCGUCCCGCUCCACCCAUGCCCAAUCCAAUUCCACCAUACACACCACCUUCACUACCGAAAUCCGAAUCCCACCCCAAAACGCCGUCGAUCCUUUCGCACGUCCCCCACAUGGGCCAAUCGUCGUCGUCCACUCUCAGCUUGAGCGGUUUGAGUCUUCGCAGCGGAAGUGGCACGGCUACUCCCGAGAAGAACUCUGAAGAAAAGGCAGAAAAGAAGAAAAAACGGGGAUUAAAGAAAUUCUUUAGCUAA